ACGAAAUCCAUCGUAAACCAUCAAUUCGAAAACAAAACGCCCAUUCCCUGGUCCAUCUCAAGUCUCUAAACGGACUUGUCAAUCCACCUAAUACACUCAGCUUCCAGCACACCACGCAAGCAACAUGUCCGAGCCACUCACCAAGGUCGACUCUGCCGUUCAAGGCAUCGAUGUACCCCCCAAGGAGCAGAAAGAAGCCAAGCACCGCCGGGCCAGCUCGAGCGCGAACGGGGUUAUGAACAUCAACGACCUGGAGGCCCAGGGAAUUGAGCUGCAAAUCGCCAAGGAGACGCAAGCCACGGGGUGGAAGAUUAACACGUCGCCUACAACAAUAGAGGACAAGGAGAUUCUCAAGAAGAUGCUCACGACACCACCGGUCAAGAAGAUUGACUUGCACUUCCCGCUGGGAUUGGAGGUAACAGCACGGAACCUCAAGGGCGUCACCAUCAAGGACGCCCUGGAUGCCAUCCACAAGCAGUUCAAGAAGAGGGCCGAUGACGAGCUUGACCUACCGUACCUGGCAGGGUUCGAGUGGGACAAGGAGGAGUCAUGGACCCGUCUGAUUGUGCACCUGCGGAAGGACGCCGGCGUGGCUUCCUCAAGUAAGAAAAAGAAGAACAAGGGUGGUGAUGAGUAGUGAACGACUCAUAAUGCACGUCUUCCGACAAUUCCUCCUUCGGUUCGGUGUUUGGCUUGUCUCGGGCUGUCCAAAAUCGAUUCGGUAGACUGGGAUCCUGCGUUCGGAACGGGGCUGAUACUUCGGUUGUUGUAUGUGCUGGGACACACAGCCGGCUCAUCAAACUUGGUUCUUUGAGCCAUCAUCCGCAGGGGAUCGGAGUCGGUGACGGGAUAGGAUGGUCGUCAUAGGUCGUCCGGUUUAUGUAUUUCCCCGUCAAUCCAGCUGCCUUGUCCCC